AGUCACGGGGGCUGGAGCUCUUACAGCCAUGCUUACAGCAGCCUAUUUGAUCCCCACUCUUUCCGGGCUCUCAGCAGAUUAUUGCCCGUGUCUAUCAGCUGUUGACAAUGGCUGGAUCCUCUGCGGAGCGUAUCGGAUACAUCACCCGGGUGCAGAGCUUCAGCGCCUGCCACCGACUCCACAGCAUUCACCUGAGCGAUGAAGAGAAUAAAAGAGUCUUUGGAAAAUGCAACAAUCCCAACGGCCACGGACACAACUACAAAGUGGAGGUAACAGUGCGUGGAAAUAUCGAUCGUCACACUGGUAUGGUUAUGAACCUGACAGACUUGAAGAAGAACAUUGAGGAAGUCAUUAUGGUUCCACUGGACCAUAAAAACCUGGAUAAGGACGUCCAGUACUUUAGCACUGUUGCCAGCACAACUGAAAACGUGGCUGUUUACAUAUGGGACAACAUGGUGAAGGCCCUCCCAUCCGGCCUGCUGUACGAGAUCAAGAUUUACGAGACGGAUAACAAUAUUGUUGUGUAUCGAGGAGAGUAGAACAUAGUACAAGUGCCAUUUAUGGCUGUUUACUUAACUUCACUGUUUGCCUACUGUGAACUCAGUCUCUGGUUAGUUACUGAUGAUGCAGGUUUAUGAAGAAUGAGAGAUUAUAUUUUCAGGAUGAUAGUGUUUUACCUUACUCUUUUAUACCAAAUACUUUUUUCAGAAAUUUAAAUGUUCAGUCUUGUAGAGGUGUAAAACAUUAUUUAGUGAUUCCCAACUAGUUGCCUCCUAUAACCACAGUGUGCAUUGAUAUGGAACAUUGAUGAUUAAAUAUAAUUUUAGUGGCAGAAA